UAUUACUAUUUACCUCUCACCUCUUAUCAAUAUUUAAUCAAGUCAAUUUAAUCAAAUGACUAGGUUUUAGCAGUGGUCAAAGGUUUUUAAUUUUAUUUCCCGAAAACAGUGUAUUAUUGGAGGAGAGGAUAAGACGGAGUAGACAGGAGACCUGACCUAUUUCUUACCGAACUCGAAGGGCCCCAACUACAUGGCUGUGGAAAACCAGACCGUAAUAAAUGGGCCGGUUACAUCAAUAUUUCUGUUUUUAUCACUUUAAUGGAGCGCACAUCGAGUCAAAAGCCCAAUAGCUGAGCCUAGCUGAUCUGAUCUGUCAUGGCAUCUCUUCUCUUCUCGCCGCCGUUUCGUUUUUCUCUUACUUCCUCCAAAGCUCGCAUCCCUAUCCCAGGACCUAGAAUUAGAUCUUACCUUUCUCCUCCCCGCCGUGUCUGUCCUCAGCAUCUGAACUCUAUGAGUCAACCCGCAGGAUCGCAAUCACUGCCUUCCGAGGAUGAAGGUGGCGCGAAGAUGGAGAACUCCGACGUCAUGGUUCAGUACGUGGUACUCCGGCGAGACCUAAUCGACACGUGGCCGCUCGGGAGCGUGGUGACACAGGGCUGCCAUGCCUCCGUGUGUGCGAUUUGGUCCCACAAAGACGAUCCUCACACCAUCGAGUAUUGUAGUUCCCAAAAUAUUGAUUCUAUGCAUAAGGUUACUCUCGAGGUGAAGGGCGAACCUCAGAUCUUGAACUUGUCAGAAAAGCUCACGGCUGGUGGCAUCACUCACAAACUGUGGAUAGAACAACCUGAAAACAUCCCAACAUGCCUUGCUACGAAGCCAUACCCCAAAUCUGCAGUUUCUUCAUUUUUCAUGAAGUUGAAACUCUGCAAGUGAUGUAACCCUAAAUUUUUUCACCAACCCAUUUUGUUUUAUGUGGGUUCGCGAGGAAUUUCCUAAUUGAAUUUCCUUGGUUAGUUUGUUACUAGAGCACUUACAGCUCAAGUCGUGUAUAAACACCUCUCAUAUGUAUGAAUUAGACACACUGCAAUAAUAUCUUUCAUUUUCAGUCCA